UGCAGUGGUUAGUGGAUCUGCCCCUUCAACUCCUAGCGCAGGUUUGCCUCUUUUAUCGUGGGUGUGCAAUGGUUCCUCCAAACGCCCCAGCAUGGGUUGCUUCCUGCCCCUGCAGUCCACCACCCACGCAAACCCAAGAUCGCAUGAGGAAGUUCGAAAUAAGACGGGAUGAUUUCAACAUUUUUGGGGCGGAAUCAGUUCGAAUGGCGGCACCGAUUCAGCAAAGUAUUGCAACGGCGCAGGACAUGUAACAUUAAAUCAACCAGGGACGAGUCACCAAAAGACUGAGCCGACAUUACAUUAUCAAUAGCAGCAGCGCCAAUAAAAACGGCAACGCUGCAAAGUCGCGCGUUCUUGUCUAUUUUCGGGCGGCUUAAAGCUAGCAGCCCAUUUAAAUGAGAAUAAAAAGAGUUGGAAUCCAUUGGGUGAGCGCUGGCAGGUGCAGUAUUAAAGAAUAUAAAGAAACGGUAUUGUAGUCAAGAAAAACUAAGAUGACGGUCGUUAAGAAACUGUUACGCAAUAAGCUGCGAACUGCCUCUGAUGCUUUCACAAUGUAUGUUACAGUAAAACACCUAGGGAGUUUUAAAGUUCAAAUCCCUCCCCAUUUAGUAAAAGAAUUAUGUCACAUAAAUGACAGGCAAUUAGGUAAAUUCCAGUUAGCUUGACAUUGAAAUAACAAACACAAAGCCCCCGAUUUCGCAAAAGGAAAAGUGAAAGAGAGUUAUGGGAGCGGCGCUUUCCAUCCAUCCGUAUCUUAAAGCACUCUCGGCUACUGAAGUUUGCGGAGACUGGAUCGUUACGGAAGAGAUCGAACAACUCCUCUGCCGGGAUGAUGAAAUCUCCGAGUGUAGCUCGCCAGUUUCCUAUCCAUGCUCCGGACUGCCGCUGCUGCUGCUCCCGAAGCCCGAUGUGAUGUGAAAGGAUGAUGAAAGGGUGCAGUUUGAACACACUGUGUAGACCACUCGUUCUCUCCCAGGUUUCCAAUUGUUACUUUCUCUCUACUAUUUGGAUGCGUGAGUGCGUGUGCGCACGCACGUUCUCGAGUGUUUUCUGGAAUCGCACCGCUCAGGUGAAAUGGAAGGCCAGCAUGUGCGGGUGGGAGAAGACAGGAGUAGUUUGCAAUGGACCAACGCUGUUAUGUCCGGCAGCACAGCACAUAUCCACAAUAUGCAGCAAAAUGGUGGGUUAUCCUUGGCUAACCCAGCGAUGCGGAGCGAGCGUGACCGCCUGACGACCUUCCGUAGUUGGCCCAGUAACAUUCCCGUAACAAGUAGAAAGUUGGCCGAGGCUGGCUUUUUUUUCUUGGGAUCGGAGGAUAAAGUGCAGUGCUUCUGCUGUGGGGGUAUCCUAAGGCGAUGGGAACGAGAUGACGACCCCAUGACCGAACACAGAAAGCACUUCCCCACCUGUAAUUUCAUAAUGGGUGUAGAGGUGGGCAACAUCCCGGAGGCGGUUACGCUGACUCCGUCCGAUGCCGUUGACGGCCAGAUCCUCAGCCAAAUUCAGAGACUAGCAGUGGAGGAGCAGGUGCUGGGAGGCCAGGCGGCGUAUCCGGAGAUGGAGGAAGAGGGCUCUCGACUGUCCAGUUACCACAACUGGCCUCCUAGUGCGUCUGUGCACCCACAGCUUCUUGCCAGGGCCGGCUUCUUCUACACUGGCCACAGCGACAAUGUGAAAUGCUUCUAUUGUGAUGGAGGGCUUCGCAACUGGGAAGAAGGAGAUGAUCCCUGGAGGGAGCAUGCAAAGUGGUUUCCACGUUGUGAAUUUCUUCUGCACGUAAGAGGAAGGGAUUACGUCAGCAACAUCCAGGACUCUUAUUUUAAUGCCACUGAAUCAUCCUUAAGCAAUAACAACAGCUCAGAAGCAAUAGCCACGGGGGAAAUCACUUCAGGACAAGAUGUGGUUGGUAAUCUGGAUGUGCCCCUCCUGCUCCAGUCUCCAGUGGUCCAGGCAGUGUUGCAGAUGGGGUUUGAUUACAGUGUGGUGGAGAGUUUAGUUAAAUCCAAGUACCUUCUCACUGGCCUUCAGUACAACACAGUCUCUGACCUGGUGUCUGCUACUCUAGAAGCGGAAGAUGAAGAGAGGCAAAGAUCAGACCAGUCUAGAGUCUUCUUUACAGAGCCUCCUGAAAGCCUAAGUCAAGGGGCAGGUGGCAGUGAACAGAGACAAAUGGAUUACCCAAAGGAAAGCGGGCUGAGUCAAGAAGAGCAGUUACGACAGCUGCAGGAAGAGAGGACCUGUAAAGUCUGCAUGGACAAGGUGGUGUCUAUCGUCUUCGUUCCAUGUGGCCAUCUGGUGGUCUGCACAGACUGUGCCACCAGUCUUCGUAACUGCCCCAUUUGUCGGGCUGUGAUCCGAGGAAGUGUGCGGGCUUUUAUGUCUUGACCAGGAGUUGCAAGGACAAACUGCUGAGCCAACCAGAGCCAUUUGAACACUUUGAUAAUAAGCACACGUUGUGCGUUUAGACACAUUUGAUUACUUCACGUUACAGAGACAAAAAUACGCCUACAGGUACACAGCGACAGAAAACUGACACGAGCAUUUGUACAUUUUAAUAACAUCCACUAUCUAGAGGUGAAUACAGUGGAUAGAAGAAAUUUGGUUUCCUCUGUUAAGUUGCCACUGAUGCCUUAGGCGACUAGUUUUGGUUUUGGCGCUUUGUAUCCCACGACAGAGACGACUGUAGGCAGUGCUGACAAAUAUAAAGCUUGACAUCAAGGCAGCCGUGAGUCUCCUUCAGGCUAAGUGAGCCGAAACAAGAAGACGUCGCAGUGAUUCUGAAGAAUUGGGGUGGAAAUGCCACUUCUGUGUUUUGUAUUUACAGUAAGGUUUCAUUUAGUUUUUUCAUUUAUUUAAUUUAUUCAUUUUCUGAUGCAGCUCAAACCUUUUAUUUUUUUAAACACGCACACACAUAUACACACAUAUAUAUAUAUAUAUAUAUAUAUAUAUAUGCACAUACCAUUCUAGUGCACUAUAAUUCAAAGCUCCUGCUAAUGUUUUGUACUACCACAACAAAUUUUGCUGUUGUCAAGAAGAAAACGCAUUGCAGCAUGGUGCGGUGUAUUGGCAGUGUGUGAGAAAUGCUGAAAAUGUGCAACAGUAAUCGACUUGGAAGACCCCCUUAAACAGCUUGCUGUAAUGUAUCUUAACUUCAGUGUUUUAUAUUUUGUUAUUAAAGUCAACUUC